AUGGCGCACACCCUACCAGCAGCGACGACGCGUGGGCCCCGUCCAUCGGCGGUGUAUAUCUGGCCAAGUAGCAAUAUCACUGAUCUUUUUGCUGCCAUUGAAAACUUUGUUAGUCAGGAGCUAUCAUAUGGUAUGAAAAGUAGCACGUCUCAGAAAGAUCUUCAAAAAUCUAAUGCUUCAGAGCUUCCUUCACAAGGAAAAGCUGCAUCAGCACUGGUACUUGAUGGGUGGGAUAGUAUUGUUCUUGAAUAUUCUGUCGACUGGCCUCUGCAGCUCUUCUUCACUCCUGAUGUUCUGUCCAAGAAACUAUCAUAG